AUCAAUCUUUGGGUGGGCCUUUGGCCGAAAAGGAAACUUUGUUCUAAUCUGUAUAUGGUCACAGAAGAACACAGGAAAAUAAGCGUCGAAGACGAUGAUUGGCAAUGGAGUAGUCGGCAUUCUGGCUGAGACUUCGAAUAAGUGGGAAAGAAGAGCACCUCUCACUCCAUCACACUGUGCUCGUCUUCUAAUUGCCGGCAAACAUAAAUCAGGAGUGGAUCGGAUAAUUGUGCAGCCAUCAACAAAGCGGAUUUUUAGUGAUUCACAGUAUGAGGAUGCUGGCUGUGUUGUAUCAGAUGACUUGUCAGAAUGUGGCCUUAUCUUGGGCAUCAAAAAGCCCAAGCUAGAGAUGGUUCUUCCUAAUCGGGCUUAUGGCUUCUUCUCUCAUACGCAUAAGGCUCAGCCUGAAAACAUGCCUUUAUUGGAUAAGAUAUUAGCAGAAAGGGUGUCACUGUUUGAUUACGAGCUUGUUGAAGGGAACCGGGGGAAGAAAAGGUUAAUUGCUUUUGGGAAAUUUGCUGGUAGAGCUGCCAUGAUUGACUUAUUGAAAGGAUUAGGACACCGAUACCUAAAUCUUGGAUAUUCGACACCUUUCCUCACACUGGGAGCAGCUUACAUGUAUUCUUCCUUGGCAGCUGCCAAGUCUGCUGUAAUUUCUGUGGGUGAAGAGAUUGCAGAAGAAGGACUGCCUUCAGGAAUCUGUCCUCUAGUCUUUGUUUUCACUGGUUCCGGAAAUGGUUCUGUUGCUGCACAAGAGAUAUUUAAGCUUCUUCCCCAUACUUUUGUCGACCCAGGCGGACUGGCAGAACUGUUUGAGAAGGCCAAGGAAACCUCAAGGACAUCAAAGAGGGUCUUUCAAGUUUAUGGUUGUGUUGUGACUUGUGAACACAUGGUUGAACACAAAGAUAUUACAAAAGCAUUUGACAAGGAUGACUAUUAUGCACAUCCAGAAAACUACAAUCCCAUCUUCCAUGAAAGAAUAGCCCCUUACGCAUCUGUUAUUGUUAAUUGUAUUUACUGGGAAAGACAAUUUCCCCGGUUGUUGAGCACCCAGCAGCUUCAAGAUCUAGCGAAGAAAGGAUGUCCCCUCGUUGGAAUCUCUGAUUUAACUUGUGACAUGGGUGGCUCAAUAGAAAUCAUUAACCAGUGCACAACAAUUGAUUCCCCCUUCUUCAGAUAUGAUCCCAUCAAUGAUUCAUAUCAUCAUAACAUGGAGGGCAACGGUGUGAUAUGUUCGGUUGUCGACAAUCUUCCGACAGAAUUCGCAAAAGAGGCUUCCCAGCAUUUUGGAGGCCUACUGUCCCAGUUCAUUGGUGAUUUGGUUUCUGCAGCAGACAUCACACAGCUACCUGCAAAUCUGAGAAGAGCUUGUAUAGCUCAUGAAGGAACACUAACUCCCCUAUAUGAAUAUAUCUCUAGUAUGCGAAACUCUGGGAUGAAGUAAGAAGGGAAGUUGAUUGGCAACACAUUUUAUUACUGUUAUUAUCAAUGGACUCUAAUCCAACAAAUGUACUGAGUGGACUAUCAAUUCUUGGAAUAAGCUUUGACUAUUAUUGAUCAUAUUUUAUCUUACAAAGGCAGGGAAAGGUUUUUUAUUA